GAUUCAAACCAGCUGUUGCCAAAUGCUAUAGGGCCCCCAUUUGCAUUAUUAAACAGCCUUUUGGAAAAUGGAAGUGUUCAUUUUAAGCAUUCCUUGUCCAAUCGGUCUAUCGCUCGGAUGACAGGCAGGAGCUAAAUAAAACCAGGUGCUCAUUUUGCUUUGCAGCCCAGCGUCUGAGGGAAGUUCAGAGUGGUGCAGUUAGUGAGUGCCUGGUCCUGGGUUAUUAGUACUGUAGUACAGAGUAGACACACCACCACCUAAGGAAUUGCAGACUGGCUGAAAGUGUGUUUGUUUCAAGAGGAAAAAUAUUAGGGGGAUAAGAAAUACUUUGGGACUUGCUGUGAAGACUCUGGAAGACACAAACGUCAAGACAAUAAGAAUGCUUUCAGCACUGCUGUUAAUUCUGCUGCACGUCCACUUAGGAAGCACUCAGCCGUGCUCUCAAGGGUUCCAUGCUGAGCGACAGACAGGACAGUGCAUAGAUAUUGAUGAGUGUCGGUUGUUCCCAAACACCUGCAGAGGGGAUAUGAGGUGUAUCAAUCAGAACGGAGGGUACCUGUGUGUUCCACGGACAUUCGGGGGGGGUACGACCUAUGCAAGGCCGAACUCCCCAUCCUUUCCUGGCUUGACCUAUCCAGAUUCCUCAGUGCCCCUCUCAAAUCCCUUCCCUCCUGCCCCUGUCCCUGUUCCAGCACCUAACUUCCCCACACCAGGAAGAUCGAUCCUCUGUCGGUUUGGGUACGUCAUGAGUGAAGACAACCAGUGUGUCGAUAUCGAUGAAUGUGCCACCGAUGCCCACCAGUGCAACCCCACCCAGAUCUGCAUCAACACGGACGGAGGAUACACCUGCUCCUGCACAGAUGGCUACUGGCUUGUUGAAGGACAAUGCCUGGAUAUAGAUGAGUGCAGGUAUGGAUACUGCCAGCAGCUGUGUGCCAAUGUUCCAGGAUCCUACUCUUGUACCUGCAAUCCAGGCUUCAUCCUCAAUUCUGACAGCAGAUCGUGCCAAGAUGUGGAUGAAUGUGAUGGAGAAAACCCCUGCGGCCACAACUGUUUCAACACCUACGGCUCCUUCCUGUGCCGCUGUGAUACUGGCUUUGAACUGGGAGCUGAUGGCAUUACCUGUGAGGAUAUGGAUGAGUGUGGUUUCUCAGAUUUCCUUUGUCAGCAUAAGUGUGUGAACCAGCCAGGCUCAUAUUACUGUAUCUGCCCUCAGGGGUAUUCAAUCUUUGAGGAUGGCAGGGAGUGUCAAGAUAUCAAUGAAUGUGAGACGGGUAACAACAACUGUACAUCAGCACAAGUAUGUUUCAAUUUCCAGGCAGGAUAUAAAUGCUUAGACCCUGUCAAUUGUGAAGAGCCUUACAUCGAACUCAGUGAAAACCGCUGCAUGUGCCCUGCAGACAACAUUGGCUGCAGGGAAAAGCCUUUCACAAUCCUAUACAAGUACAUGGACAUGGCCGGUGGGGGGCGCAGUGUACCCACCGAUGUGUUUCAAAUGCAGGCGACCACUCGCUAUCCUGGAGCUUACUACAUCUUCCAGAUCAAAUCAGGCAACGAGGGCAGAGAGUUCUACAUGAGGCAAACCGGGCCCAUCAGCGCCACCCUGGUUCUUACAAGACCGAUCAAAGGACCGCAGGAGGUCGUGCUGGACCUAGAGAUGGUCACUGUCAACAGUGUCGUUAACUUCAGGGGCAGCUCUGUCAUCAGGCUGACAAUAUUCGUCUCUGAACACUCCUUCUGAUCCCCUGGCCCUUCAGACACAUCGAGGGCACUUUCCCUUUUCCACUAUGCAGCUUGUCUUGUUUUAAUGGAUCUGUUGCUGCAGGCAUUUGUAAUCCAAAUUACAAACUGAGAAUCCAGUGCUUUCUAGAAUGGAGCAGGGUUGAACCAUUCCAGAGUGGUGUCAAAAUAUAUUACAAACGCAUCUAUUACACAAUUGUUUCACUUAUUGUAUGCUAUGGUAAAAAUCUUUCAAACUCACCAGUGCAAUUUAAAUAGUAAAACAAUCACAGGGUUAUAGAUUUACUGCAUUAUUUCAGUGAGUUUAACCAUACGCAUGUAAGGCAUUUCAGCAUAAUGUUUUGUAUUUGUAGUUCAUAAAGUAAAGGAAUUGGCCUAUAAACAAUGUUAAAGGGGAUUCCUCUCCUUAAUAAAAUUGUUUAUUAGACAGAAUUGGAAAGAAUUUUUAUCAUCCACGGGCAUGCUAUAAAUAGUGACCAAAAAAAAAACCUAAGCUUAACACUUUUUUUCCGCCAUGGACAUAUUAUAAAAUAAACCUGAUGGAUAUAAUGUUAUUACUUCUCAGUACAGAAUACGGCUGCUGCCAAAAAUAUAAUACCUCCUAAUCACUAAAACAUAUGAGUACUAUUGAAUUUUGGCAGUAACUUAUGAAGAGAUAUACUGUGUUUUUUUUUAUUAUUAUUCCAGCUUUCAUGUAUAUAUUUCCUUUGUUUCAAUGAGAAAACCUGGGGGGGGGGGGGG